AUGUCUACACUGACACCACUCGCUCCUUACGACACCCGCAGCGCUCGGGCAGCGGCACUCGCAGCUCAUGUUUCUGGUCCUUUAUCAGCAGCAAAACUCGCAGCACAGGGAACGAGAGUGCUCACCUGGCGCGCCACUGGCAUAACCAUACCUGACACUCGCGUUGAUAUCGUCCUUUCCAACAAACCUAACAAGAUCCUCUUCCGAGACGUGCCCUACGGAAUGCUCAUCGAUUUCUGCGGUACAAACAUUGUCAAUCAUUAUAGAGCACACCCGUCAUCCGGUUCUCGCAGACUGAUACUGCCCGCCUCCAGGUGCGAAGGGCUAGGACUAGACGUCGUUCUCUCAUGGAUGAUCAUGGCAUACGAACAAGCUACCCACGACAUCAUACCUGUGGAGCCAUAUCUCGCCAACCUACUUACAUUCUGCUGCAUUGAACGCGCGCUCAACGUUUUGGGCCUGUACAACGAAAGAGGUCGAGUUUGCAGGAGACUCGAGUACGAGAUAUCAAGACGAAUACUGCCUGUCCACGAUCUUGUCGAGGUGUGGAACACGCUUCCGCAAGGUAGCUACUGGGUUGGCAAGAUACUCGACCAUAUUCGACGUCGUCUAGUUACGAAAUAGGAAUCGAAGCAUUGCCCUUGUGGGAGGGAACAUCAAGAUCAACGCCAUUACUGCCUCUACGUAAUGCUGGCCCACAACGCUGCCUUUUCCGCCUGGGUUGAGUGCGGUAACUUCAGAUACGGCCCACAUCUUCUCACACGCUUUGGACGCGGAUGCGAGAGUCCAAGACGUAUGGCCAGGAUGGGGAAGUGGAUCAUGGAUAUUGAAGAUAUGUCGCCUUUGCCUCUUGGUAGGUUCCCGACAGGACCCAGCUUCGGAGGGUAUGGCAAACGGUUCAAACGUCCGAUACGCA